AUGCUCUCUGCCUUGAUGAACUUUCUCAAUGCCUGUCUCUGGCCUCACCACCACGAGGGUCCUUCCUCCUCUGAUUCUCGCGGCCAUCAAGAUGGUCUCUUAUGGUACCGUGACUCCGGCCACCACGUCUUUGGUGACUUCUCUAUGUCCGUUGUUCAAGCCAACAGCUUGCUCGAGGACCAGUGCCAGCUCGAGUCUGGCUCUCUUUCCACCCUCUCCUCUGCUCCUCCUUACGGCACCUUUGUUGGCGUCUACGAUGGUCACGGCGGCCCUGAGACUUCCCGCUUCAUCAACGACCAUCUCUUCCACCAUCUCAAGAGAUUUGCUGCGGAGCAAGAGUGUAUGUCUUCGGAAGUGAUAAAGAAAGCUUUCCAAGCGACUGAAGAAGGUUUCUUGUCUUUAGUUAGCAGUCAAUUCCAAACAAGGCCUCAAAUAGCCACCGUUGGCUCUUGCUGCCUUGUCUGCGUCGUCUGCGAUGGGACGCUCUACGUUGCCAAUGCUGGUGACUCGCGUGCCGUGCUCGGACAAGUCAUGAAGGGUGGGGAUGUUCUCGCCACUCAGCUCUCUGAAGAGCACAAUGCCUCUUUUGAGUCUGUGCGACAGGAACUACAGGGCCUCCAUCCGGAUCAUUCAGAUAUCGUGGUUCUCAAACAUAACGUUUGGAGAGUCAAAGGAAUCAUUCAGGUAUCAAGAUCCAUUGGGGAUGUGUAUCUGAAACGGUCCGAGUUCAACAGGGAACCAUUGUAUGCGAAAUUCAGACUCAGGGCACCCUUUAGCAGACCGUUACUGAGUGCAGAGCCGGCAAUAACGGUGCAUACACUACAGCCCCAUGACCAGUUUAUAAUAUGUGCCUCCGAUGGAUUAUGGGAACAUAUGAGCAACCAAGAAGCUGUUGAGAUUGUCCACAAUCAUCCCCGUAACGGGAUAGCAAAGAGGCUGGUGAAAGUGGCGCUUAAAGAAGCGGCAAAGAAGAGAGAGAUGAGGUACUCAGACCUUAAAAAGAUUGACAGAGGUGUUAGAAGGCAUUUCCACGAUGACAUUACAGUCAUAGUUGUCUUCUUCGACGCAAGCCUUGUAGUGAGCAGAGCUAGAGGACCGGCAGUUUCAGUGAGAGGCGCGGGAGUGAACCUUCCUCACAACAGCCUGGCUCCUGGCGCCUCCUGA